AUGAGUUCAAUCUACUGGAUCAUGUGGCUCUACUCGCUGUUAGGUACACUCGCGACACUGUUGGUAUGCGUCGAAAGUGCCUCGAUAUCGGCUACUUCCGACCCGGAUACGUUUCAAGAGCUUUCUCUAAAGCCUGAAGGUGCUGCAACCGAUAGACUACUGAGAUCUGCUGAUACUAGCGACGAGCUAAGCGAGAACAGAGUGACGAAUGCUGGCAUCGAAAAAAUCACGAAUCUGUUCAAGACGGGAGUAACAAAGACUAAAACGUCGGGACAGCAUUCUGCAGAUGAGAUUCUUAAAAAGUUCAAGCUUGAGAAUGGAAUAGAGGAGGCUCUGGUCAGUCCUAACUUGAAGGCUAUGGAGGAUUACGUUAAAGACCUGAAUUCGAAGAAUCGCUUUAAGAAAACGUCCAUGAUUAGGUUAUUCACGAAGUAUUAUGGAGACGAUGUGGUGGCGAAAGCGCUCUCGAAGGUACAGGGCAGCGCGCAUUCUGCGGAUGCUGUGGAUACGAUCAAACAGCUACGAAUGGAGCAGCUAACAGCUUGGCUAAAGAGCAAGAAGUCCGUCGAUGAUGUUUUCAAACUGCUGAAGCUGCGUGAUGAUUCUCUAAUGGCUUUUGUCAGCCCAAAGAUGGCGAUGUUGGAUGACUACAUCAAGCUAUUCAACCGAGAAAAAUCUAGUGGCAAAACUUUGGCGAAGACGUUGGUGACUGGAUUUGGAGAAAGCCAAUUUGUAUCUCUUCUGCAGCUUGGACUGAAAAACUCAUACACAAAAGAUCUGGCCACGUCAUUGGAAACCGAGUUAGUAAAUCUGUGGCUGGCAAGCAAAUUCAAACCUGGGGACAUAAUGAAGAAGCUCAAAUUGGACGAGGAUAUGGGACUUGCUCUUGCCAACCAAAGCCGGCAAAGUCGCGAACUUUUGACACGAUAUAUUUCGGUUUACAACCAAAGGUAUCCGAAUAGUAAGACGUCGUUGGUUGCGACAUUUACUGCUCGAUAUGGAGAUGAUGUGGUGGCGGAGACACUCUACAUGGCGCGACAGGCACCUGACUCUAAAAGAUUGGCAAUAGAUCUGCAGAAACAACAGUAUAUGGAGUGGCAGAAUAGUGGGAUAUCAGCUGAUGAUGUUUUUAAGGCUCUGAAAGUUAAAGUUGAAGAUUUCGCAACCAUCAUCAGCCCGAAGUUAGAGAGCUUAUAUGAGUAUAUCAAGAUACUCAAGACCAACGAUCUCCGAGGAGCACCCGAUGAUUUCACGGUUGUAAGAAGUGGCCUUGGUGGGGAUGGAGAUCUUGCGCGCAUGCUCGUUAGGUCGUUUACCGUGUCAGACGCGCUCAACAUGGAUGCUGCUUCCUCUAUGGCCACGGUGUACGAGAAAAAGUUGUUUAAACGAUGGACCAACGACAGCAUUGAACCGAAAACUAUCUACAGCAAAUUUCUCAAUGUGGAAGAGACUUCUGCGAAUACUUGGGAAAAAGCGUUUGCAUCCCGGUACGCGUCAUACUUCGAGAAAAAGAAGUUUUCUUCAAAUCUCGUUAACUUCAAUGACCCUAGGCGCUUAUAAUUACUGAGAAGCAGUGUAGAUGCUAACAGGAUAAUAUAUCUUUCUCAAAUC